GAGGAUCCUGCCCUCUGAGUGUUUACAGAAGUCUUUCUCACUAUCUCGCCCUGGUUCUCUUGACCCAGAGCAGUUCUUUACUUUCUCGGGAAACAAACGGGAUGAAAGUCCAGGGCUGGGACUUCCUCCCUUGUGUGUUUGACAAGGACUGACGUACGCUAGGCCCUUUGAAUCCCGGAAGUCCAGAACACACCCAACCUUGAUUACAGUGUCCAGAAUGCUGGAGCGGAGGUAAAAGGACAAAAGCCAGACACAUUUCAACAUGAGGGACCCACUGACAGAUUGCCCGUAUAAUAAAGUAUACAAGAACCUAAAGGAGUUUUCUCAAAAUGGAGAGAAUUUCUGCAAACAGGUCACAUCUGUUCUUCAGCAAAGGGCAAACCUGGAAAUUAGCUAUGCCAAAGGACUUCAGAAACUGGCAAGCAAGCUGACCAAAGCAUUACAGAACACAAGGAAAAACUGUGUCAGCAGCGCCUGGGCCUGGGCCUCGGAGGGAAUGAAAUCCACAGCAGAACUCCAUCAGAAACUUGGCAAAGCAAUUGAAUUGGAAGCAAUAAAACCGACAUAUCAAGUCCUAAAUGUACAAGAGAAGAAGAGAAAAUCACUUGACAGUGAAGUUGAAAAGACAGCAAAUCUUGUCCUUAGCAACUGGAAUCAGCAAAUUAAGGCCAAGAAGAAAUUAAUGAUUAGUACCAAGAAACAUGAAGCACUUUUCCAGCUCGUAGAAAGCUCCAAGCAAUCUGUGACUGAGAAGGAGAAGCGGAAGCUCCUCAAUAAACUGACAAAAUCAACUGAGAAGUUGGAAAAGGAAGAUGAAAUUUACUACCAAAAAAAUAUGAUGGGUUAUUCUACCAGACUGAAAUGGGAAAACACUCUAGAAAACUGCUACCAGAGCAUUCUGGAGCUGGAGAAGGAAAGAAUUCAACUCUUAUGCAAUAACUUAAACCAGUACAGCCAACAUAUUUCUCUCUUUGGUCAAACCCUGACCACAUGCCAUUCACAGAUUCACUGUGCCAUCAGCAAGAUAGAUGUUGAAAAAGAUAUCCAGGCUCUAAUGGAAGAAACUGCAACUUUGUCUACAGAAAACAAAUCUGAGUUCCUAUUAACAGAUUAUUUUGAAGAAGAUCUUAACAAUGCAAUGGAUAAAGAGAGACGAAAGUCUUUAAUAAAACCAAAAUUAUUGAGACUGCAGAGAGACAUUGAAAAAGCCUCAAAAGACAAGGAAGGCCUGGAACGAAUGCUUAAUACGUACUCCAGCAACUCCUCCUUCUCCGAUGCAAAGAGCCAGAAAGACACUGCAGCGUUAAUGGAUGAGAACAAUUUGAAACUAGACCUAUUGGAAGCAAACUCCUACAAACUGUCAUCAACAUUAGCAGAACUUGAGAAAAGACCACAGCCCAGCCAUCCUUGUAGUAACUCCAUCUUCAGGUGGAGGGAAAAGGAGCAUACUCAUAGCUAUGUGAAAAUAUCUCGGCCUUUUUUGAUGAAGAGAUUAGAGAAUAUUGUGAGUAAGGCAUCUUCUGGUGGGCAGAGCAAUCCAAGUUCUUCAGCUCCAGCCCCUGGUGUGGCCCAGCUCAGCAGACUUUGCAAGGCCUUAUAUUCUUUUCAAGCCAGACAAGAUGAUGAGCUGAAUUUGGAAAAGGGUGACAUUGUGAUUAUACACGAGAAAAAAGAAGAAGGAUGGUGGUUUGGAUCUUUGAAUGGGAAAAAAGGCCAUUUUCCUGCUGCUUAUGUGGAGGAGUUGCCUUCAAAUGCUGGCAACCUAGCUACAAAGGCAUAAAAUAAGACUGUGAACAUACCACCUUCACACUCUGUAACUAACUAUACAGUGUGGUGUAAAUAAGAAUAAACUGCUAUUAUCUUUACAA